AUGCCCAACCACCACUGCAAAGCGUGUCAAAAUGAAGACAAUGACGAUAUGGUCCAAUGCGACACGUGUGAUGACUGGUAUCAUUACGUAUGCGUAGGUGUGAAUGACGAAAUCAAGGACCACGAUUGGAACUGUAUUAAUUGUCGAACUCCUGCCCCAGAAAAGGCCCAAGAUUCCAGUCUCACAGGCAUAGGUCAAUUUACACCACUAACGUUCGAUUCAAUGCAACAUUCAAACCCUCCACAUAACACCUCUGCAGCCCAAUCUCAAUCGGCAGCCGUUUCAGCUCCACAGGGUGGUUCUACAACCCAAUCUCAAUCGCAUGGUAGCCAAUCGGCAGCCGUAUCAACUCCACGAAUUCAACCCUCCGAUUCCAUCGACAGUCGUACAACACCUACAAACACGACGUGUUCAAAACGUCGUGACUUAUUGCUUCAACAAUUGGAGGAAGAAAGGCUUCUGCAAGCUCAACGUGACAAGGAGUACAUCCAAAAGAAGUAUGCCCUUUUGAAGGAGUUCCAACAUAGUAGUGACGACAACAAGAUGUUUCAACAAGAUUCUACAGUACAACAACAAACAAGCGAUAGCACUUCUCUAGCUAUGACGAAGCCAAACUCCCUCGUCAAUUCUCAGGAUACCAGCGGGUGGAACAGCACAUUCUACUACAAAGCAAGUGACCAGCCUCUCAUGUCAACCAGCCAGCAACAUAGUGGUUCAGCACCAACUACAACGGUUAACUCUAGGCCUUAUGCGGAGGUUUCCUUCGGCGACAGACUAGCAACAAAUCAAUUCAACUUUAGCAAAUCGAAUGAAACGCUAAUACCGAAUAAGCAGCAACUGGCAGCCAGGCAGCUAAUGUCAAAGGAACACAUAACCUUCAGUGGACGCAUCGAGGAGUGGCCUAGGUUCAUCAGCUGGUUCAACAGUACCACAGUGUCGUGCGGGUAUACGGACACAGAUAAUUUAAGGCGGUUACAACAUUGCUUGAAAGACGAUGCGUUCAAAACAGUCGGAGUUACACUAUUUACGCCGCAACAAGUUCCAACCGCUAUGAAGUCCCUUCAAAUGCUUUAUGGCCGGCCCGAAGCAAUCAUCGACAGUCUUAUUGAUCAGAUUAGAAAAGAACCAGCACCUCGGAUCGAAAAGCUACAAUCACUUAUACGAUUUUCUCUAGCAGUACAAAAUGCAUGCGCUGUGAUGAUAGGAAGUGGCUUAAACGACCAUCUGUCUAAUCCAUCACUACUUCGUGAGCUCACCGAAAAGCUACCGCCUCAAAUUCGUUUGAACUGGGGAAAUUAUCGUCGGAACUUAGAUUCUGUUAGCCUUUUAACCUUUAGUGAGUGGUUAGAAGACGUCGCACAGUCGGCAUCUGAAGUUGCGCCUUUGAAUAACAUCCGAACAAUGAAAUCGGAACGCCUCAUGCAAAAAUCUUCGCUUAAUGUUCAUCAAGGUUCAGAAGUACAACAAUCAACGCAUUCACAUCCGACACAGCCACAACAGGCGCGGUCAACAGCGGUACAGUCACAGGUGACUCAACCAAAGAAAUGCCCAAUAUGUGAUAAUGAUUGCAAAGCGAUCGAUAAAUGUCAGAAAUUCUUGAAUCUGAGUCUUAAUGAGAAAUGGAAUGCGAUAAAUCGAUUUUCCAUUUGUAGAACUUGUCUUCGCAGACAUGACAAGAACCGCUGUCACCUUUUAAAGGAAUGUGGUGUUGAUGGGUGUACCUACAAACAUCAUAGGCUGCUCCAUAAAGUGCGCGACACCAUAGUUACAAACGGUUCAUCCAGGUUGAAUUGCUACCACAAAUUGGAUAACUGUUCGAUUUUGUUUCGCAUAGUUCCAGUGACAUUAUUCAAUGGUAAGAAGAAGUUAGACGCUUUCGCUUUCCUCGAUGAUGGCUCAUCGAUUUCCUUGAUUGACGAGGAGCUAGCAAACCAAUUGGGAGUGACAGGAGAACUCCAACCGCUGUGCUUAAAGUGGACAGCCAAUACACACCGCACUGAAAAGAAUUCGAGAGUUAUAGACCUUCAAAUUUCAGCAAAUAGCGCCAGCAAGAAAUACAAAAUAUCCAACUUACAUACAGUCAAGUCACUGGAACUACCAAAACAAAGUGUGAAAGCCGAAGAACUAGCUCGACAACACAGCCACCUGAAAGGAAUUUCCAUCUCAACGUAUACAAAUGCCAAACCACAAAUCCUAUUAGGCUUAGACCAAUGGAAACUGAGUAUCCCACUGCGUUCGCAUGAAGGGAAGCCUAACGAACCAGUUGCAUCCAAAACACGUUUGGGCUGGACAGUAUAUGGCCCAUGUCCAUAUCGUCAAAAAACAAACGAACAAAUGAAGCAACACGAUCUGUCAAAGAACUUUUUAAAUUUUCAUAGCUGCGAUUGCUAUGAUUUAGAAGAUGAAAAACUGAGUACACAAUUCAAAAAAUUCAUGGCGUUUGACUUAGAGGCCACUACAAACAAAAAAAUUCUUCGUUCCUCUGACGACGAAAAGGCUAUAACGAUAAUCAAAAACAAUGUGAGCAGGAGGCCCGAUGGAAACAACUUUGUGGUGCCAUUACUGUGGAAGGGAAAGUUGACUCAACUUCCUGAUAGCCGUCCAAUGGCCGAACGAAGACUUAUACACUUAGAGAAAAAGUUGUCGAAUAAUCCAAAACUGAGGGAAAAUCUAAACGGACAAAUAGAAGAGUAUUUAAGAAAGCAAUACGCACGUAAGUUGAGUAAAGAAGAAUUAAGAAAACAUUCUUCGCCUGUAUGGUAUCUGCCAAUUUUCCCAGUGGUCAAUCACAACAAACCAGACAAGGUCAGAUUAGUAUGGGAUGCAGCCGCGGCAGUGAACGGAGUUUCACUGAAUUCAAUGUUACUCUCUGGACCGGAUAUUGUACCUUCUCUCCUAUCAGUACUUUUGCGUUUCAGGGAGCGUAAAGUAGCCAUAUGUGGAGACAUAAAAGAAAUGUUUCACCAAGUGUGGAUACGAGAUUCGGACCAGCAUGCUCAACGCUUCCUGUGGCGGAAUAAAGACACGAAAGAAGUUGAAGAAUUCGUAAUGCAAGUGAUGACAUUUGGGUCAACUUGCUCUCCCUUCUGCGCUCAAUUUGCAAAAAACACCAAUGCCAGGAUCUACAUUGAAGAAUUUCCAAGAGCCGUGAAGGCGAUUAUAGAAAAUCACUAUGUGGAUGAUUAUUUAGAUAGUGUUAACACAGAACAUGAAGCAAUUACGCUCGCACAAAAUGUUACAUUCAUUCAUAGACAGGCAGGGUUUGAGAUUCGAAAUUUUUUGUCAAACUCUAAAAAGGUUCUGAAAAACCUAGGUGAAAGUUCUUCCAACUUUGAAAAGAAAAUAAAUAGCUGGCAUCCUCUAUCCCAUUCCGAAAAAAUACUAGGCAUGUGGUGGUCCCCUGUUUCUGAUACAUUCUCGUUUGCAAUUAAAACGAAUUUUCUUAAAACCAAUAUUUCCGAUGAAAGUGGUUGGCCAACAAAAAGAGAGUUGCUUAAGGUCCUAAUGUCAGUUUUUGAUCCGCUAGGCUUAAUCGCAAACCUUUUGGUCCUGUUGAAGAUUUUGCUUCAGGAAGUGUGGAAAUCGGCAAUUGCGUGGGAUGAACAGAUUCAACCACAACAUUUCGAGAAAUGGUGUAAAUGGACAAAGCUAAUUCCUCAAAUACAAGCGAUUUCUAUUGAAAGGCCAUACACGAACAAGUUAAUAGUGGACAAAGAGCUUACAGUGCAGAUGCAUGUAUUUGUCGAUGCGAGCGAAGCAGCUUACGCAGCUGCUGUGUAUCUUCGGUUUACAGAUGGAAAAGUUGUCGAAGUGACCCUGAUAGCUGCCAAGACUAAGGUAGCACCCUUGAAAAUCGUGUCAAUUCCAAGACUAGAGUUAGAAGCAGCAAUUCUGGGAGUGAGGUUGGCAAAAACCAUUUCUGAAAAUCAAACAAUCGAAGUGAACGAAAGAUACUUUUGGUCCGACUCGAAAACAGUUCUUAACUGGAUUCAUUCAGAUCAUAGAAAAUACAAACAGUUUGUCGCCUUUCGUGUAGGCGAGAUCCUAGAAGAAACCGAAACCAAAAACUGGAGGUGGAUUCCAAGUAAGAGCAAUGUAGCUGACGAAGCAACAAAAUGGAGGUGCAAUCUGGAAUUAAGUUCCAAAAGUCGAUGGUACAAGGGAGUAAGUUUUCUUUAUGAAUCCCCUGAUGAAUGGCCUGGUGAAUUCAGAGUCACAGAGACAACGAACGAAGAAAUCAGACAUGUCAACAUACACCACGUAUCAAGUUUCGAAAAAAUCGUCGACUACACACGAUUCAGCACUUGGGAACGAAUUUUUCGAGUGAUGGGACAGGUUUUUCGCUAUGCUAGAAAACUGAAAAGCAAAGUCAAAUCUCAAUAUUCACCUCCAUGCCUAACUUCGGUCGAUCUUGCUAAGGCUGAGAAUUAUCUAUUUAGACUAUGUCAAGCGGAAUCCUUCCCUGAAGAAAUCUCAGCUCUUAAGUCAAGUGAUAAGGAACCGUUCAAAGCUGAAGUCGUCAGAACAAGCUCCAUCUAUAAACUUUCACCAUACCUAGACGAAAACUCGACAAUGAGAGUAAAAGGCCGAAUUGACGCAGCCUACGGAAUACCACUAAACACUAAACGACCAAUUAUACUACCAAACAAUCACUACAUAACCGAAAUCAUCAUCUCAUCAUACCAUUACCGAUUUUGCCAUCAAAAUGACGAAACGGUUAUAAAUGAGCUGAGACAGAAAUGUCUUCCUCAACCACCUAGGAUGGGCGAUCUACCAGCCGCAAGGCUUCAGCCAUUCACCAGACCCUUUUCCUUCAUUGGAAUGGAUUACUUUGGUCCACUAUUUGUCACCGUUGGAAGACGCUUGGAGAAACGAUGGGGAGUUCUCAUCACAUGUAUGACAGUACGAGCGAUCCAUAUUGAAGUUGCACACUCAUUGUCCACAGACUCCUGUAUAAUGGCUUUGAAGCGAUUUAUUGCUCGGCGAGGUUGGCCGUUGGAAAUUUAUAGCGACAAAGGGACUAAUUUUCGUGGUGCAAGUAACGAAUUGAGAGAGGCUAUGAAGAGGAUCAACGUGGAUGAAUUGGCAACCAACUUUGUAGGGUCAAACCUGAAGUGGAACUUUAUUCCACCGUCUUCACCUCAUAUGGGCGGUACCUGGGAGAGGCUAGUUAGGUCGGUCAAAAGGACAUUGACAUUUAUAACACCUACAAGAAAUCCUUCCGAUGAACUCCUGUUGACAAUGCUGGCAGAGGUAGAGAGAAUUAUUAAUACUAGGCCUUUGACUUAUGUUCCCUUAGAUAGUCCAAACGAAGAAGCCUUGACGCCCAACCACUUAUUACUGGGUUCUUCAAAUGGAGAAAAAUCAUUUGGAACAUUGACUGAUGACGGUGUCUUAUUGAAGAAGAACUGGUUGACCAGCGGUCAGUAUGCUAAUCGAUUUUGGAGACGGUGGGUCAACGAAUAUUUGCCAGAUCUAACUAGACGUACAAAAUGGUUUGCUGUUACGAAGCCCUUACGAGAGGGUGAUGUUGUCAUAAUAGCAGAUCCUAACAACCCCCGUAACAGUUGGCCCAAGGGAAUCAUUCUCCAAACCAUACCUGGAAGAGAUGGUGAAAUAAGAAGCGCAAUAGUGAAGACGUCGACUGGUGUCUAUACCAGGCCCACCGCAAAGCUUGCUGUACUAGACGUUGGCCGAUUUGACGAUAGUGGAAAGCCAGUUCCAGAAACAGCCUUACCAGGGAGGAGUAUUGUCAAAUCUGGCAAUGCCAAUAAUAAAAUGUCACGGCUUGUGGGAAGUAUUGAACCUUUUGUUCCGGGCAGUAACUUCAAGGCAUACGAAGAUCGUAUCAAACAAUUUUUUAUUGUGAAUGAUAUCCAAGAAGAGGCAAUAACUCCACUAUUCAUCACCGUAGUGGGAGCCGAAAUUUACGAAAUCCUUAUGUCAUUAACUAUUCCAAAAUUGCCUAGUGAAAAAUCAUUCGAAGAAAUAAUUAAACUAAGAUGGCGAAUCGCUGAAGGAAUUUAUUGUGCGCCUGAAAUCUGCAGUCGAUUCGGAGAUUUUUUAGAGGACAUCAAAGACGAUAAGUUAGCGAAGUAUAAGUCGGUCAUUCUGGAUGAAGCUCUGGCAGACAGGUUUAUCGUAGGAGUUAAGAGUGAUAAACUUCAGGAAAUGCUUCUUCGUGAUGACUCAUUAACCUUCGAAAAAGUGUGUCAGCAAGCAUUGAAUGUAGAGGCUUCACACAACGCAUCACGUGCCAUUCAACCUAUGUCACAAAAUGUUAUCUAUAACAACAAAAAGCCUUUUCUACGACACAAAAAUUCAAGUAUACGUCAUGAUAAAACACCACGUGCAGCGGCGCCUAGUUCUCAUAGCUCUUCUAACAAAACAAGUUCCAGCAGUCUUUCGCAGCAUAGUAACAGCAAGCAGAAUUGUUUUCGUUGUGGGAGCAGUGCGCAUAAAGAGCACCAGUGUCCAGCAAAAGAUUGGCAAUGUUUUGCCUCUAACAAAAGAGGCCACAUAGCUUGCAAGUGCCGUUUUCGAGCGAAUGCAAAGAGCGUUAAUAGCGUGAAUAUUUGCAAUACAUCUGAAGAGUAA